GCCGCCCGGCCCGCUCCCACCUGGAGCCGGGAAGAGGAAGUGGGAGCUGGGGAGAAGCGGAAAUUGCAGCAGCAGGAGCCGCCGCCAGCCCGGGAAGCACCGGGGCGAUCCAGGGCCAAGGAAGAAGAGGAGGAGGAGGAGGCGGCGGCACGAUGUGGAAGGCGACUGCAGGCCACACUGUUUCUGUCAACCAGGAUGAUGGAGCUGAUGACUGGGAGACAGAUCCAGACUUUGUGAAUGAUGUGAGUGAGAAAGAGCAGCGCUGGGGAGCUAAAACUGUCAAUGGAUCCGGCCACCAGGAGCACAUCAAUAUUCAUCAGCUGAGAGAGAAUGUCUUCCAAGAACACCAGAACCUCAAAGAGAAGGAGCUUCAAACAGGACCAAAAGCUUCCCAUGGCUAUGGAGGGAAAUUUGGAGUUGAACAGGAUCGGAUGGAUAAAUCAGCUGUUGGACAUGAAUAUCAAUCCAAACUUUCCAAGCAUUGCUCCCAAGUGGAUUCAGUGAAAGGGUUUGGAGGGAAGUUUGGAGUACAAACCGACAGAGUUGACCAGUCAGCUGUUGGGUUUGAAUAUCAGGGGAAGACUGAGAAACAUCCCUCCCAAAAAGAUUAUUCCAAGGGCUUUGGUGGUAAAUAUGGUGUCGACAAGGACAAAGUGGAUAAAAGUGCAGUUGGCUUUGAAUAUCAAGGCAAAACGGAAAAACAUGAAUCACAGAAAGGUUUUUAUCAUCUUAUUUUAAAAAUGGAAGU